AUGGCACAAACAAUCAUCACAACCUAUAUUGUAAAACCAUCAUCUCCAACUCCACUCGCUUUCAAAAUCCACAAACUCUCAUUUCUUGAUCAAAUGCUACCACCAAUAUACACCCCCUUCAUUUUCUUAUAUGAAAACAAUGAAUCUGCGCCGCAACAAGAAAUCUCCAAACGUCUGAGAUGGUCUUUGUCAGAGACCCUAACCAUCUUCUACCCCAUUGCAGGCACAGUCAUACAAAACUCGCACGUGAAUUGCGACGACACGGGCGCAGAGUUUGUUGAAGCCCGGGUUCAUGCUCGCCUCUCACACUUUACACAAAACCUUAAUUUUGAGGAAUUGGUGAAGCAGUUAUCCCCCACGGCGGGCAGCAGUGGAACCCGAACUUUGUUCGUGAAGACUAGUUUCUUCGAGUGCGGUGGAUUUGCCAUUAGCGUGUCUCUGUCGCAUAAGCUUGCAGACGGCUCAUCUGCAGCGGCGUUCGUCCGUGCAUGGGCGGAGAGCUGCCGCGGGGAAGCUUCUGGAAUCAUCCACCCCUUCCAUGGGCAGACACACUUAAGCGCCCACCCCUCCUUCGACCUGGCGCUCCAUUUCCCGCCAUCGGCCUCUCCCCGGCCCUCCUCGUUGCAUCUCGGAGUCACGAGGGAGAAAAUGGCGACGAGGAGGUUGGUUUUUGACGCGGAGAAGGUGGAGAGGAUGAAGAAGCUGGAAGCUUCUAGAAGCCAGGUGAAGGAUCCAACUAGGGUGGAAGCCGUCUCCGCUCUCCUGUGGCGUAGCUUCAUCGCCGCUCACAAAAAGUCCGGAGCUGCGGAGACGGGGACGACGUCGUUCCACGCCGCUCAUAUAGUGAACCUACGCCCUAGAGCAGGGCUGACCGACCGCACCUUUGGCAACUGCAUCGUGGUGGCAGCCGCGUCCUCGCUUGGCGAAGGCGAAGACGCGGUGUCGAAAUUGAGGGGCGCCGUGCGAGGAGUGGACAGGGAUUUCAUCAAUGAAGUUGUGAAGGAUGAGGAAUCGGUGCGGGCGAUGGAUGAGACGAGCGAUGUGUUUCGUAAGCCGAGGAAUUGUGUUUUCAGCAGCUGGCUGAGGAUGGGGUUGUACGAGGUGGAUUUCGGAUGGGGGAAGCCGGGGAGGGUCUGCGUCGGCGGCUUUCCAUACAUUAACCUCGUGGUGCUCGUGGAAGCUCCGCCGCCCGGGGACGGGAUCGAAGCGUGGAUUUAUGUUGCUGACGAUCGUUUCUUUCAGUUGGUGCGAUCCAAUUGCGAGAAGCUUCUUGGUCAAGAUUUUCUGGCUUGAUCCUGUCUCAAACUCAUUAAGUAAUAACAGAUAGAUUGUAUGGUAGGUCAAAAUUGGGAGAAUUUGUACCUACUUUAAAUUUCCAAGGACAUGCAAAAAGCGAUAAUAGAUCCUGUCGUUAAUCUUAUCUUAAAAAGCAUACCAAUUAAAAGGCCGCUCCACCGGAAAUUCCCUCUUCCCCUACCUUACUCCAGCUUGGUAGUUUCCACCGCCGGUACUACAGACGCUUUACGCCCAAUCAUUCCGAAUAACGCUUGCAUCCUCUAUCUUCCCGCGCGGCUAGAAAAGCGCAGAUUAUUUUUGAACAAUAGAUGUCUUAUAUUGAAAUAAAAUGAAUAAGACUGUGUACCCGUGUUUGUCACUAAGCACAUUUGGUGCAAUUAGUAUGCACUCUUGUAAAAUUUUGUUCAGUCUCGGAGGUCUAAAUGCAAGAAAUUUCGAUUGUUGA